AUGCCGUUUGUAAUAGACUCAAAUUCAACAUUCUAUAUCGGUGCUGAUGAUAGCGAUACUAUCCGCCUCGUUCCUGAUCUUGCCAUUAGUUCUGCCUCGCCGCGACCGUUCCUCGUCCUUGAAGUUGGUUUUAGUGAAAAGUACGAUGAUAUGCUUGAAACUGCCAAGAUAGUGCUCUCAGAAUCGCCUGCAACAAAGUUCUCCGUUAUAGUAAAGAUCAUUGAGAAGCCACUCUUUCGACCACCACUGAAACUCUCUGACUACCUCUGA